GAUUGAUUCGACUGGAAUGUCACAACUUGCCUGUUUCUCCUUCCUGCAUGAGGCUCAGUGCAAAACUCGAGUUGUGGCGCGCACGGUUGUGGCGCGACAAGCGGCUGUUGCGAGCGUUCGAUAGACUUUGACGUGGUGGCCCCCAAGAUCAGUGGUCGGUCGUCCGCUUUAAGGCGACAGCCGGGCCACCAGCAAUAGGCCCUCGGACUAUGAGCCAAUCGGAAACAGAUGACAAUGAUGUGGCCGAAACUGAUCAGACUACAGGGGAAAGUCUGUAUCCAUCCGACCCGCCAAAGCGACGGCACAAGAAAAAAAAGAAGGUUAAGAAGUGCAAGACGAUGCGACGAAUAUGUUUUCGCGUUCCCAAAUUGAUCUUCUUGACGCUCAUUGGACUACUUGUUGUGUUCUCAAUGAAACGCCUCAGCGAGCAGGGGAAUGACUCUGACUCUAACAGCACAGUGAGUCCCGAUGACGUCACAGAACCCGUGAACUUCCUAGAUUCUCGCGAGAACGACGGACCUGCCAUGGCGGACGGCGCUGCGGAGGAUGAGGCCGAAGAAGAGGGGGCACCGGAUUUUUCUGAUUUCGAAAAGGAGAAAAACAAGAGUGCUGAACGAACUGACGAAAAGGAUUUAGAACUGAAACCGGCGGAAAACGAGGAUGAGGACGAUCAGGAUGCAGAUGUAGGGGGAGAGGAAGGGUUGAUUGGCAAACAUGUACAGUAUCGCAUAAAAAGAGCGGGGGACCGCACGGUAAAGAAAGGGAGAGAAUUCAAAUUUAAAGACAGGAAAAAAGGCGUGGCUGAGAUUGUUGCCAAGGAAGUGGAACCCGAAGACGAGGCUACUGCGGGUCAUGCUGUCAUUGUCACUGGAGUCUAUGACGCAAUAUUUCAAGACGUUUUGCAACUUAUUGCGUCAGUGCAAAAAUACCUUCCGUACACUCAAGUAGUGAUAUUCGAAAUCAAUCUCAGUGAUCCUCUUAAAGAGCAGUUAGUGAAGGCUUGUAACGUAGACAUCAGGCCCUUUUGGAUAGAAAUUUUCCCGGAGCACCUCCGGGAUUUUGACAAUCGCGCUUGGCGUCCAUUCGUCAUACAGAUGGCGUUGGCGGAGUUUCACUUUGUCGCCUGGAUGGACCCGCAAACUCGCCUGACCAACUCCCGCAUCGAGCCAGCUCUCCGAAUGGCCACCGCUUCCGGUGUCGCCGUCGUGUCUUCCGCAUCUCGUCGCUCGCCUGUGACUCAGACCCAUCCAGAUAUGUUUCAGUUUCUGCCAACAGACGAAGGGAAACUCGACACGUUGCCACAUAUGCACAUAACUAUGCUUGUACUGCAUAAUUCAGACGACUUACAAGACAACUUUAUGAAGUGGUUUCUGUUGUGCGCUUCGGAAAAAGAGUGUCUAAGUCCCGAAGGAGCGUCACGUGACUGUGAGUCUUAUCAACUUGCGAGAAAUCGAGGCGACACGAUAUGUCACAAAUACGACGAGUCAGCUGUGAAUAUACUGUUAGCUAACUGGUUUGAGUAUGACAUGCGCAGUUUCUACGUGAAGGACUCCAUAACACAACCUACGUCAAAAGCAGACAAACCCACAAACAUAAAAAUAUGCAAUUACAAAGGACAAAAGAGAGAUUUGUGAUUGGCAGUCAUGUCAUUUUGUGAAUUGCACCGUAGUUUCGUAUUUACAAUGAGGAAACUUCAGUCGGUCGCAUAGAUGUGGAAGACUAUACCGUGCCUAAGUGUGGUACGUACUGCAUGGUACAGUAUCAUCGACUAUAAAUGUGACUUUCAAAUUAUCUUUGUGAUACAAAUGAAUCAUACAGUUGCUAAUGCUUUCAACCCUGGAUAAGAUAUUACAUGAACCAUUUGCUCCCUUUAGUCCAUACGUUAUGGUCUUUAUACCUUACAUAUUGUAAGAAAAAAUUUUUAGAAAAUGUGGGCAUCCUUGUAAAGUGAUCAAGAUAGUUUUAACCAGCGAUAUACUGUAGACCUAUAUGCUUGCAAAAUGGCCUGUGUAUUCUAGCCCGUACCCAAGAUAACAGUGAUUCACUCCUUAAUUAAUAGGCAGUUCAAGUAGGUUCUACAUAAGCAACUUUGAUCGAAGUGUGAAACAUGACUUGUUGUGGACGAUAGGAAAUAAUAUUGUGGAAACAAACAGUUUAAAUGUUUGAAACAACAUUCGGUUCGCAUAGGUAUGCAUAUACAUGACGGUUACGGUGAUGGCUGUUGCAAGCUCUUUAAUAAUGCCCGUCACUCAGACAAUUAUAGCAGUUCUGUAACAAGAUUUAAAUAUUGUGCGUCCUAGCCAUGGGCUAUGCCGGGCAUCGCAAAUGCCAGACAUACUUAUGUUUCAAAAAGCCAAAAUAUCAUAGCGGUUAGUGGACAGAGCCUUCCGAGGCACAAUGUCCCCUCUCUGUCUGGUUUCCACGAUCUUUUGGGACACAGGGUUUCGUUGAUUGUUGCUGUGCAAAAUUUGGUUACAGACCAGCCGAACAAUUGAAUCCGCCAGUCUGAGCACCUCUGGGUUCCUAGCGCGGGGGCUGAACAGUCAUGCUAGCAAACGAUGACGACAUAGAGACGUCCGUGGAUACUAUAGUACUGUUUGUGCCCACUGACUCGUGGGAGUUGGUACUAUAAGCUCACUUGAUCCAUUAACUAAUCGAAUUUGCUUCGUAUCAUCUCUCUCCUGGGACUGAUUGAAGCGCCGCCUAGCGGCAAAUGUCUAAGGUUCACCAGGUUGGGUGGCACUUUGAUAAUUUUGCUUUGCUGUCCAUCAUGUUUCUCUUGCACUGCAACCACCACUCGUAUUUUCACCUUGUUUCAGUCUACUAGUCACAUUUAAGGAAAUAAGGCAAGUACAAAAAAAAUGAGUAACAGCUUUUUGCCAACCUGAACGGCAAGAAAUGACAAGUAUUUAAUUAACACGCUUUUGUUCAUUUUUUUUCUACACACUUAACAUUCUCUCAGUUGUUUCAUUCAUAAACGAGUGAGUCACUUCAACAGUUUUGGGGCGUCACGCAAGAGAAAAACGCGUUUUAUCGGCUUGUGGCCGAAUUUCACAUUUUUAAAGUUAUUCCCAGAUAAUUUUGGAUAUGCUUUAAAUGUUCAAGUGCGAAGUAUAUUUACUAUUCUUAACAUGGAUAGAUAAAAUUAUAUUUUCAAAUAAUAAUCUACUUAGACGUGAGUAGGCUUGCAAUUAAUAUCUCUCCAGAUAUUUUUCUACACAAUUGUUAUUUAAACUGCCAUUUAAACAUUUAUAUGAACAGUUAAAAUAAACCUCUAUCUGGGGUAAACUGAUUUGGAUUCCACUGGUUGCGGGUGACCAUUUUCCGCCUAUCAUACUCUCAUUGCUUCUCUGGUUUUACUCUCAAGGCUGUAUUCUUAUGUAGUGUCAGCUGAUGAAGUCACUUAUGGAACAGACAUAAGUCAUCCAGUCAGAUUCAGUCUCCUUUUGGGAACUGAUCUUGAGAUUAUUGACCCGGAACCUCUCGUUCUGUCUGUUCCGACGUAUAGAUUCAGUUAACACCACUGACUAUAUCCAAACACAAUCAGAUAAAGAUUCCAGUGCUCUUAACACAUCCAGUGACUAAGGCUAUCAAAUUGCCUAAUAUUGCGUUUUACUGGAUCAUAUGGCCAUAUUAAGUUGGCCGAUUUGAAGCAGACAGCAGUUUCCAUAUUAUUGUGUUAUCAACACAAGCAGGUAGCGAACAGAAGGUAACAACACAUAGAUACCAUAAAGAUGGAUUUGAAUACUGCAGACGUGGAAACAGAACGUAUAACUAGAUUUGUGGUAGUGGCAUGACACCAAAAGAAUGUAUUUUCUGAAUGUAAUUUAAUGUAUAACAGUUGAGUCAAACUUUCAUGCUAUUUUUUUCACCUCAAUUCCUGUCUAAAAGCAGUAGUUUUGCUUGAGCUAAAGACCAUGCUAAGUAAAGAGCAAUUUCUCUCCAUGACUGAUAUGGCUCUGGACGCAUGCGCUUUGUAGUCAGAAUAAGUGUUAACAAAGCUAUUUCAGUUCGUGUCAUGGAGAGUACUUAACUCCUGAUACCGUGCACAGAAAGUAGGUAAAAAAAAAUAUCUGCAGCAUUUUUGGUAGGUAACUUCUGUAAUGUUAGAUAAAAGUAGAUAAAAAGUAGAUGAAAAAAGUAGAUAAAAACAUUGCCAACAUGCAGGUCUGCUGGAUUUUUGGUAAGUAACUCUUGUAACGUUACACAGAAAGUAGAUAAAAACAUUGCCAACAUGCAGGUCUGCUGGAUUUUUGGUAGGUAACUCUUGUAACGUUACACAGAAAGUAGAUAAAAACAUUGCCAACAUGCAGGUCUGCUGGAUUUUUGGUAAGUAACUCUUGUAACGUUACACAGAAAGUAGAUAAAAACAUUGCCAACAUGCAGCUCUGCUGGA